AUGGCGUUGAAUCGCAAGUAUGCUGCGUUGCCAGAUCUGGACUCCGCGCCCGACAUUUACCAGACUCCCGAGUUGACAGACGAUAACUCCACUAUUCCGACCACCGCCGGCCGAUCGCAAUCUGAGAAUGAAUUCGACGACGACGACGAUGACGAAGAUGCCCCCGGAAUCUCUCACUCGCGCCUCCGAAUAGACCAAGCCCGCUCCCGAUUCUUGCCUGCCGAGGUUGACGCACGAGAUGUGGAUUUCUCGGAUCGGCUUAACGGGAAACGGAAAUCCUAUAAGACCUCCAGUCGAAGACGACGGAUUCUCGAAGACGGUACAGAGCAGAUCGGUGACCUGAGCGAUGAGGAGGGAAGCGAGGACCUGGGGAGGAAGAUUGCACGCCUUAAGCGCGAGAUCGAAGAAGCCAAAGAAGAAUAUGGAAGGCGAAGGGCUGAGUCGGGCCAGGCGGUGCCGGACCAGGACGUCGACCUCGGCUCGCUAAGCCAAGCCCUAGAGCAGAUGUCGGUCGUUCCGGAGAAGGGAAUCACGACUGUCCGCCAGUCCGCCCCGGCCGCGAGCCAGCAGACGGGGGAGGGCGGCCAGACGUCAGCGCAGUCUGCGGUGAGCGGUGCGACUUACACCGUUACCUACGCGCCAACCUACGAGCAAAGCCAUAUUCUCGCUAAAGCUGCUGAUUUCGAUCGACGACUCGUCCUCCUCGAAAAGGCCAUUGGUAUUAGCUCGUCAGGAAUGCCCGAGCUGGAGGGGAACGGCUUGCCUCGAGCUAUUAUGCCCACGUUAGACGCGCUCCAGAACCAGAUAUUGACGUUAUCAGAGGCGUCCACUUCAUCCCUCGACAGCAUUAGCCGUCGGGUACGAACGUUGACCCAAGAAGCCGAACAACUAGAGAAGUCAAGGAGAGCGGCCAAGGCCGCGCAAGAUUCGUUGGCCUCGUCGGGCGGCUCUCCCUCCGAAGUAGACGAUUCGGAGCAGACAGCCAAGAUCAAUGCUCUCUACGGAACCUUGCCUACUAUUGAGAGCUUGUCACCCCUCCUGCCCCCAUUGCUGGACAGGCUCCGGUCGCUAAGGGCUAUCCACGCUGACGCGGCGACGGCUAGCGAGACUCUAGAGCGUAUCGAGAAGUCACAGAUUGAGACGGCUGCUGAUAUUAAGCAAUGGAAGGAAGGCCUGGAGAAGAUCGAAUCGGCCAUGGACGAGGGAGGGACUUCCAUGACAGCUAACAUGAAAAUAGUGGAGGGAUGGGUAAAAGACCUGGAGACCAAGGCAGCAGACCUCUCGCUGAACUUCAUUCCCAAGUACGACCAACGCUUCUCAGAGAAAGAAGACUCCAACGAGGCCGUCAAGAUCGCAACCAUGGAAUCUGCCAAGCAGCCAGUUAAGCUUGUCAAGGUCACCCGCGUCCUGGGCCGAACCGGUUCUCGCGGUGGUGUCACCCAAGUCCGCGUCGAAUUCAUGGAUGACCAGACCCGAAGCAUCAUCCGAAACGUCAAGGGCCCAGUUCGCGAGGACGACAUCCUUUGCCUGCUCGAAUCCGAACGCGAGGCCAGAAGACUGAGAUAG